CCACUCUAAAUCUGCUUUAAAAAUGUAAAAGUUGGUUAAAAACUUAAAUCUAUCAAAUUGUUACUGAUGCUAAAAUGUCGAAGUAGGAAGUACUCAUAGCCGCGUUAGAAAUUAUGAAACAAGUGGAAAUAAUAAUGAAAAUAUUUUACAGGUUUGACAUAUCGGCUUUUAUUGAUGAAGUUGAUACCGAACGGCCAUCCCUAAUUCGAGAUAAUGCAGUAUUGUCAAUUUACGUGUAAUAAUAAUGCAUCGUUGAAGAACAGCCGAUAAUGUUUCUGUUUCUGUUUCUUCUCUGGUUGUUGUUAUCGCUUGUGUUGGUGGCAGUACUCUCUUUCCUUUUCCUGAGGCAAUGGUUGCUUGGCCGGAAGAAUAAGUUGCACACAUCGUCGGAAAAUGGCAUCAACGUGGGCAUUUUUCACCCGUAUUGCAACGCGGGUGGCGGCGGAGAACGCGUCUUGUGGUGCGCCGUGAGAGCACUACAGGAAAAGUACCAGAACGCCAGGAUGGUAAUCUACACAGGCGACAUAGACGCUUCUCCCAAUUCCAUACUGCAAAAGGCCAAGAAUGUCUUCAACAUUGCCGUCGAUAGUGACAAUGUGAAGUUCGUCUUCCUGAAGCAACGCCACUGGAUCGAGGCCAAGAACUAUCCUCAUUUCACUCUGCUGGGCCAGAGCAUUGGAUCGAUGGUCGUGGGUCUGGAGGCACUCUGCAGGUUUCCGCCCGACAUCUACAUCGACACCAUGGGAUACGCCUUUACGUAUCCUCUGUUCCGCUACUUGGCCCAGUCCAAGGUGGGCUGCUAUGUUCACUAUCCGGUUAUUAGCACCGAUAUGCUGAAGAGGGUUCAGCAGCGACAGAUGUCGCACAACAACAAGAAGUACGUGGCGAGGAACCCCUUUCUCACCUGGACUAAGCUUGCCUACUACCGCCUCUUCUCAAGAAUGUACAAGUGGGUUGGCUGUUGUGCUGAGACUAUCAUGGUGAACUCCUCGUGGACCGAGAAUCAUAUUCUGCAACUGUGGGAUGUGCCCUUCAAAACACACCGGGUUUACCCUCCGUGCGAGGUUAGUCACCUAAAGAGCCUUCAGCACACGGAAAAAGGCGACGAAUUCAUCAUACUGUCUGUCGGACAGUUCCGCCCGGAGAAAGACCAUCCCCUCCAGCUGCAAGCCAUAUACGAGCUCCGAACUCUCUUGGCCCAAGACGAGGCCCUUUGGAACCAAAUUAAGUUGGUUAUUGUGGGCUCCUGCCGAAAUGAAGAUGACUACGAGCGGUUGAAAAACAUGCAGGACCUGACAAAGCAUCUGUCGCUAGAAAACAAUGUGCAAUUUAGUGUGAAUGUCCCUUACGAAGACCUUCUUAAGUUGUAUCAAACUGCCCACAUUGGCAUUCACACUAUGUGGAACGAACAUUUUGGCAUCGGCAUCGUCGAGUCCAUGGCUGCUGGCCUUAUAAUGGUGGCCCACAAGUCAGGGGGUCCUUUGCUUGACAUUGUCGAAACUUCCGCGGGAAGUCAGAACGGAUUCCUGGCUACUGACGCCGUUGAAUACGCAGAAAACAUAUUAAAUAUUAUUGUUAACAACUCAGAAAUGAACGGCAUUCGAAACGCAGCCAGGGCCUCCGUGGAACGGUUUUCUGAGCAAGAGUUUGAAAAAAACUUUCUUCGAGCUGUUUCAACGCUAUUUACCAACAAUUAAAAAAUAAUAGUACGCCCGCACCUAAAUAAAUAUGCAAAGCCCAAAAAUCUCCAACUGAAUACAUUUAUUAUACUCUACAACAUAUUUAGAGCGAUUUUAUCGUACAUAUCGCAUCGCUUUCCUUAAGAUUUACCUAAUGCAUUUUUAAAGCAUAAGGUGAUUUCGGUUUGAUCGACUUAACAGAAUCGGGAAUAAUCUCUGAGAUUUUGUACCAAAUUCGCCAUCGUGUUGUAAAAUUUUAUUUAUUUCCUUUGGAGUUUUAAAUCAUUUUUCUGCCAAUAAAGUUAAGAAAUUGCC